UAAGUCAACUUGGGAUUAGCCUAAAGAGUCCUCACUCUCCAAACUGGUUGAGGCCAGCUCGAUGCAAAGUCCAAACAAAAACUCCUGAUCCAUCUCCUCAAGGCUUCGGUCCUAUAAAUUCCUUCACCAGACCAUUCCUCUUCAUCACUCUCCACACCACCCCACCCCGCCGCCCCCCACCCUCUCUCUCUCUCUCUCUCUCUCUCUCUGUGGUACAUAUUUGAGAAGAUGGGUGUGGUCACUUUUGCGCAAGAGCUAGAAUCGCCAGUUGCUCCGGACCGCCUCUUCGAAGCUUUGAUGCUCGAUUCACACGUGCUGUUCCCUAAGCUCAUGCCUCAGUACAUCAAGAGAAUUGACCUGAUUCAAGGUGAUGGAGGCGUUGGCAGUGUCAAGCAAACCGACUUCUCUCAAGAAAGCUUGCUUCGAUAUGCGAAGCAUCGGAUCGAUGAGCUGGAUGCGGACAACUUCCGUUGCAAGUAUACUCUGAUCGAAGGGGACAUACUCAGUGACGACCUGAAGUCUGUGGUGUAUGAGAUGGAGUUUGUCGAUGAUGGCAAUGGCGGGUCCAUUUGUAGGAUGUCGAGCUACUAUUGUUCAGACCGAGACAUCGAGUUCAGAGAUGAGGAUAUAGAGGCUGGUAAGGAGACAGCGAUGGAGUUGUACAGGGCCGUUGAGGCCUACUUAUUGGCGAAUCCUACUGCUUACACCUAGUUUUGCUCUCAUUGAGACCUUCUCAGUCAUUAGCUCUUGAAUGUAAACUUGGCAGAAAGAGAAGGAGCAAAAAAGCUUUAGUAUUGUAAAUUGCCCUCAUGAGAGAUUUUAGUGAAUUUUACUGCUGAACCUGAAA